CGCUUUCGGGCCGGGGCUCCAGUCGUGAUUUCGGCACCGCGUCGAUACAACGGGAUCCCUCCGACGCACCCGCCAGUUAGCUUCGUUAGUCCCGAGUCCUGCCGGCGCCGUCCCCCUGACUUUUAUGUUCCUCUUGCGCGUCGUUACUGUGCGUGUGGGUCACCUGUUUCCGUUUUUUUGCGCCCGCUCAUUAUCCCACCCGUCGCGGUCACCUACCCGAGGGGGGUUGUGAUUCCCACCCCCUUGGGAUUCGGCGUUUAUUAUACGGGUGGAAAUAAGUGAAGAAAAUCGACUUUCAGGUCCAUCGACGAACACUCCAUUUGGUUGGAUUUUAUUGCCUCCUCAAGGAUCGUGCCUUCGAAAAACCACGAUUAUAGCCAGCCACGAGUAAUUCGCUCUACCACUGCUCCGUCUUAAAAUUCAUGAACCGUGCACUCAUUCAAUCAACUCAGUGACUCGAAAUGACAAUAUUUUUAACAGGAUUUUCCGUGAUACGCGCGUUGUGAGUGUAGUACCUUAAAUCAUCUCAACGAAAGUAUUUUUUAAAUCUACCUAGUUAUAUAAAAUUGGACCGCAAAAUAUACUUUCUUGAUUCCCGACAAAUAAACUCUGCAAGUGUGUUGUUGACGUUCAAAACUGUUACAUUGUUUCAACGAAAGUACGUUUAAGUCGAUAGUGUUUUAUAACUUGACCGAAAAUUAAAUUUUCUUGAUUGUCGGGUGAAUAUUCUCUUGCUGUGUGUUGUUAACGCUCAAAACAGUUACGUCGUUUCAACAAAAGUGAUUUUUAAGUCGGUGUUGUUUUAAAUUAUUCCGCAAAAUACUUUCUCGAUCGCCAACAAAUUUUCUUUGAAUGUGUGUGCUCAAAGCGUUAGAAAAUUGGUAGAAUGAAGCGUCGUUGGAAAUGACGCGAGGCGCUCUCUUCUCGGGUCGAGACGGUGUGUUAUUAUUUACCGUGAGGUCGACUUUAUGAUUUCGUCACGAGCGUAUUGAAAGGGAAGGUGUUUCUUGUGGGUCGUUGAAUGCCGGCAAAAUGGAUAAGUGCAACGGUGAAAAACAAAAGAGCGUGUACACCAUCGACCUGGUCGGGUCUUUCCUCGGUGACGAGAAACUCAAAGCCAACGAAUCGCUGAGCGUCAACAGUUUCUCCGCUGCUAAGAAUGCUAACAAGCCUCCUAAAGAUGGAGAAAAAGAUGAGAAGAGAAUGCCGAGCCUCCUAUCGCCCGUCGGGGCGCAGAUGGCGUUCGCGCAGGGGCACGUGUUCAACGACAUGUGCGCGGCGAUGUGGUUCAACUACCUCCUCGUCUACCUCACCUUCGUCGUGGAGUUCCGGCCGAGCAUCGUCGGGGCGGCCAUUCUCAUCGGGCAGCUCGUCGACGGCAUCGUCUGCCCUUUCAUCGGCUUCCUCUCCGACAAGAUGAAGUUCGGCUUCUUCAACUACGGACGCCGCAAGUCCGCACAUCUCAUCGGAACAAUAGCUGUUUUCCUAUCAUUCCCAUUUGUAUUUAUGCCGGUCCCAUCGUUUUUGAAAAAUGAGGAUCAACUCAUUCAACUUUUAUACUACAGUGUUUUCAUAGCUGUUUUUCAAGUUGGAUGGGCUACAGUACAAAUUGCACACUUAGCCAUUAUCACAGAUCUCACUAGUAACUUCCAAGAAAGGACAUGGCUCAUGUCCCUUAGGAAUAUUUUUACGCAGCUUUCAAUUUCCUCUGUCUUUGUCAUUGCCCUAGUUGCCCUAGAAUUAUGUCCUGACAAACAAGUUGCAACAUCUUAUCUGCAAUUGGAUGAUCCUUUAGUCGAUGAAAAUCCCGAAGAUCUAAACCCGAACUGUUAUAAACAGUUUAUCAUUAUCGUCGGUGUGAUUUCGGCAGUCGGUCUGGUAGAAACUCUCUGGUAUCAUUUGGGAGUUCAAGAAGUCUCAGAAGACAAUGAACUCCAUCAAACCUUGAUCGAUCCUCAACAACGAAGAAUCUCCCCGUGGUCACUCUUUCGCCGACGAAAGUUCUACUCAGUAACUUUAGUUUAUGUUUCAGCUAGGUUGUUUUUCAACCUGCUUCAAGUUUUCAUUCCUGCAUACGUUAUCGAAACUCUGAAGCUUCCACGAUCUUAUAUCACCAUUAUACCUUUAAUAACUAAUUUAAGCAAUUUUACAACAUCACUGAUGACAACGAAGCUGAACGUUGUAUUUGGGAGAAAGAUUACCUUUUACAUUGGAUGUCUACUUGGCAUUAUCUCUGGAGUUUUUAUAUUCUUACAAAAUUUCGGCGACUUAUAUCGAUAUGAUUUGAUAUUUGGUGUCGCCACUGUCAUCGGUAUCGCAACAGGAAUUCUCACUGUGACAGCUUUAGGAUUAAUAACAGACUUGAUCGAUCAAGAUCCUAACAAUGGUGCGUUUGUCUAUGGGUUUAUGAGUCUCAUAGAGAAAGUUUUCAAUGGAGUCGUUGUUGCGGUCAUACAAUUCUGUAAACCAAAAGAUAAAAUUGCGUAUGGUGCCUAUGGAAAGUAUGUCAUCUUCAUAUGCUGUAUUAUGCCCUGUGCUCUUGGGAUUAUCUUCAUGUUCUUUACUCCCAUCAAUCUUGCUGCAUCUAAUCGAGAAAAUGAGAGGAUACCACCUCCUGAGAGUGAAAAGCAGACCGGUUCCUCGAAUUCAGAAAAUGACUCAAACUCUUCAGAAGAUCGAAGAUGAUAGUCCAUCCAAACUAUUCAAACGGCAAUUCAAUACCGGCCUCUGGCUCAGAGAAGAGUUUACCAAUUUACUUAUUUUUUGACUGCUGUUGUUUUUGACAGUAUUGUGCAUAUCUUGUAAAUAUAUUUAGGUUAAUAUUUUUAGUGCCUUAUAAAUAUCCAAGGAAAGAAAGAACUGUACCAUUUUGUUAGCUUAAAAGUCACUCCUCUCUUCAAACAAAAGGACCAUCCCAAUUUUAAAUGUAUUCCUCUUUUGAGUCGAGUUCAUAGAAAAAUCACAACAGUCAGUAUGGACUUAGUUUACUUCUACUUUUUCUUUUCGAACAAACCAGCUGAAUGGACCAAUUCGUCAGUAAAAAUCGAAGAUUCACAAUCGAUGAUUUCUAAUUUUUUCACUCUGAUGAAUUUUGUUUUUUCAGUAUUUGGACUAUUUUUAUAUUAAGAUUUGAUUAUAUUAAGCUGGUAAAAUAGCAAAAAAAAAUUAAAUUUAGACAAUAAACCACUUGACAGGGUAAGAAAUAAAGCUUUACAAAGCAUGCCAUUUUGACUAAACUUUAUGCAAAACAUGUAAAAAAUUUCCAAAACUUUCAAAAUUAAUUCAUAAGUGAGAAAUAAGCGUUCAUAGUUCACAUUAUGAACAGUGAUUUCAAACUUCUCGCUUGCAAAAAAAGUAUUAUCAGGGUAGGUCGAAUUGUCCAUUGAAAGCAGCCUGUUUGUGAGGUAGGUAAAUUACAAAAGCUGGUUUCAUACACAUUCCCUUCCUCUUCUGAUGCAAGAUAUCUUUAAUCUUGUCAAAAAAAGUUAGUGCAUUGGAAAAUUAUUCUAUCAUAUCACAUAUUAUAAAAAAUACCAAAAUCAAUUUAAUGCUCAAUUUGAUUUGAAUAGACUCUGCUUUUUCUGUGAGCGGGAAGUUUGAAUUUACGGUGACAAAAAGUGUUAAUUUCCAACCUCUGCAUUGAAUUACGAAAGUUUUAAUGCAUAUAUUGUGUGCAAUAUAAACUUUUGAAAAGGAAACCCUGUGCCCUGUCUAGUGGUCCAUUGGUUACUUAACUUUCCUUGGAUUUUCGUUCCAACUUGAAAUAUCAAGUGUAAUGUGUUAAAUAGUCAUUUUUUUAUAUUUUUUUCUUUGUUCUUUUUUUUUCUUAUUGUUUUUAUUAUUACAUGUUUAGGUCUUGACAAAAUUAUUCUCUCUUCCCUGUAAAUUGACAUGACGAAAGUCUUUAAUUGUAGUAUUAUCGUUACUUAUUUUAAGAUUGUCUUCAACUUGAAGGACAACUUUACGAUCAACAUUAUGCAAACUGCGGUUUUUCAAACUCAAAAAGAAAGUUAUGAUUUGAAUUUCUCCAGAGUGCGAAUACCUUAUUAUUACUUUCUUCUUGAACCUAACUUAUGAAAAUAUAACUUCUCGAUUUUCAAAUGGAGUGGAAGGGUUUUAUUUGUGAGUGUUUUGUUUGAAUCUUGCUCUUUCAUCAAUAACGGCUAGUUCUAUCACCUCUGGUCAAAUGCACUUCCUACAUAACUAGAGGACAAGCGUCUGUCUUCUUGUCGAAGAAUAAUCCCUUCUAUCACGAUUUGUCAGUCCAGAGGUUAAAUGUGUAAUAUUGUUUUGAGGAACACAGUAACAAAAUUCCGCCAACUUUAGGCAUGCUACCUCUAGAUCUUGAAUCAACUCCAUGAAAAAGGCAGUUGCAAACCAGUUUUACCAGAUGUUGCGAUGUGUCACCGACAAUUCUUCAGAAGAUCGUCAGGAAAGCAUUUGCAAUGGAUUGCAACACUAGCCAAUCAGAAAUGAGGACUCAAAAUUAUCCUCUGGUUAAAGCUUUUGCCAGGCACUCAAAGUACGUGUCAAAUAUACUUAGACUUUUCCUCCCGUUGAGGGAAUAUAAUAAAACAAGGGAAUCAUUGCCUCUCGGGAAAAAUUUUAAUUUUAUUACCCUCCUCUUGGGUCUGAUGCCAAAAAUUAUUUUAUUGUUAGACUAUGUAUAUUAAUGAUUACCAAUUUUAGCAUCAUUUGCAAUCAGAUUUUCAGCUCAAAUAUGUAGAGUGUAAGUUUGAAUGGUGCUUGAAACCUACAGUGAUUACAGGAUCAUUUUGUUAAUUCUACUUUGGGCAUUAUUAUUUUCAUUCUAAUUUAAUUUUUUAAUAAAUCUGUUUCAAUAAGUAAAAUUCA